UAAACACCAAAGUGCCGUAAUAAUGGGCAAUAAAUAAACAAUGAAUAGCGUAUGGGUAUAGUAAAAACGAUAUAGUGCUGCGAGAGCGGAUAAUGUGAUACAAGAGCGAGUGAUACAACUGAAAUGAGAUGUAAGAAACUACAGUUAACCAAACAGGAACGUAUUUUACUUUAUGUCUAAAGGACUACUUUAUGCAGCAGCCGCUUUCUGUCUGUAGUCGCCGAACCGAAACAAUACAUAAAUUGUUUUUGAACAAUUCGGCUCAAUUGCGGGAAUGCCUGUGUGUUGCAAAUGUGAAUUUGAACAACCAGGGAGUCAUUACACUGAUGUUUUUACUAACAGAGGACGUAAUUCGGUAAUAAUAAAUUACAAUUCAGCAGCCUAAGUGAGUGAAAUAUUCAAACAGUAUAACCCCUUUGACGAUGAAAUGACAGGCUGAUUAAAGCAUGUAAAGCAACAUUUUGAACAUUUCAUCAAAGGAACAGGACUCUUUGCCUUACUGCUGAUGGUGCUGGAGUGGACCCGUCCAGGCCUGUCCUCCCCAUUACGCCCCAUCUGUGACCUGCGUGUCCUCGACCAUUUCAUUAAGGAGGCUUGGGAUGCAGAGGCUGCUAUGAGAGCGUGUAAGGAUGCUUGCACCAUUGCAACAAACUUCACUGUUCCUCUGACAAGAGUUGAUUUUGAUGUCUGGGAAGCAAUGAAUAUAGAGGAGCAAGCUCAGGAGGUCCAGUCAGGCUUACACGUGCUGAACGAGGCCAUCAGCUCAUUGCAGGCAUCUAAUCAGACUGACGUGCUGCAGGCCCACAUAGAUGCCAGUAUUAGCAACAUUGCCAGCAUCAGACAAGUGCUGCGAAGUCUCAGCAUACCGGAAUUUGUGCCUUCUACCAAUGGUGAAGAAGACAAGGAGAUGCAGAAAGUAUCCUCGAUCUCAGAGCUUUUUCAGGUCCACAUCAACUUCCUGCGAGGAAAAGUGCGUCUUCUGCUUGCCAAUGCACCUGUCUGCCAUCAAGGUGUCAGCUGAUAGACGAUUUUGAGCAAGGGCCAAACUAAUUGGAGCUCCUCAUAUCAGAAGGCAGGAUAUGGGCUAUUACAAAGGAUAUGUUGAUGAGGGUUGAAUGACUGGAAGUUGUAGCACUUUGAAAGAUUUACUCACAAAGGGAAAAGAAGACAUCCCCCAGAAUACAAAGCGCCCCCUUUGGCUCUCUUCUCUUUCUGUGUUUGCCUUACCUGGCAAAAAUCAACCAGACGCAAUCAUGAAACGUCACUUAAUCACUCCUCUUUAACCAUAUGACUGUUGGCAGUUGCCCAGCUCAACUGGGAAGGUUUAUCUGGGACUUUUUAAGUGUUUUAUGAAAUUGUCAUUAUUUAUAUAGAUGAUAUUUCUUAGAGCUGGAAUCACUUGCUUUUGCAGGUUCUUUUCUGAAGCUAUUCAAGUGAAGACCUCUCUUCCUCCAUUCACUGUGGCCUCAAGCACCUCCAAACAUUGAACUGUUGAUAGAGAAGUCUAUUUAUCGAUAUUAAGUAUGCACUGUAGGUUUUAUAUUCAUUUCAGUGUUAUGUUUAUGUGUGUAUGUAUGUGUGUGACUUUCGUGAAUGCUGCAGGGAAUGUUUCGAGCGUCGGGGAGGAAAGUGGUAAUGCUGAAUUCUUACGGGUCAGUUGGGGUGAACAGGAAGAGGGACUAGAUUGCUGCUUGUGUUGGGGGAAUUGGAAGCUUUCGUGAGAGCUGAUGAGGCUGUGUUAGCUCAUGUCUGAAUUACGCGGUCUUGUGCAGAUAACGUCGCUGCCAGGAAAAAUAUUGAUUAGUGUGUGUAUGACGAACAUCCUGGCCUGCUUCCACUUCACGCACGACGCUGCAUAUUUGCCUUUGGGAAAUGAUCGUAAGGUUGACAUUUUGUUUCUCUUUUUCUGUAUGACUUGUUUGUGUUUUUCGUAAAUAGCCUGUUUUUUUGUACAUCUGUCAAUCAGUCUCUGUGUAGAUGCAACAAAGUAAGUUUGUAGAUGUUUUUUCCUGUUGUUUUGCCGUUGCGCGGUUCUUUCAUCACAAUGUCAUUCGGUAUUCAAAUACAAAGUAUUAUUCUUAGCUAAAAAAUAAGAUCUGUCAAAACAAGAAGUUUUUCUUUUUGUCUUAUGAAGCAUCUCUGCUGAGAAUGUCACAACACUGCUCACAAUUCUGUAAAAACGUGAUUCCAAUGUGAAUUGUCAAAGAAUUUGAUGUGAGAAGUACUUUUAUAGCUAUGAGAGAUGGAGAGAGGACUAGGCAUACAUUAUGCCUAAAACAUAACGGGAUUAUAAAACAAGUAAUGCGUUUUUGUUUCCACUGAAGGAAUUUAGUCACACCACUAAAUAUUUUUGAAAACCCCUUUGUGUCGUUCCUUUUACCCUACUUGUCACCAAAAUACCUGCUCUUUUAGUUUUGGUCAAAGAUAGCUGGAUUAACAUUUUGAUUCAGUUUACUUAUUUGAAAGAAAAGCUGAUCUAUUACUGAUCAGCCAUCAUAUGUCAACCAUCUGACAAAUCAGCUGCAUCGUUCAGAUCUACGUAAUCUUAGCUGUUUAACCUAACCUUGAUAACAUGCCAUCUCCAUUUCCCACUCAGUAAGUAAUACAUAUUAUUAUUUUUAAUGCAUCUGCGCCCCAUAUCCAUAACCAAAGACUUGGUGAAAGCAGACCCUUGUCAAAUCUGUCAUUACUACCCAAUU